AUGUUCACGCCCUUUACGACCAAGAGCCUUGUAGACGGUACUUACCCAUUUGACACAAAGAAACUUGAAGCGACUAUUUUCACUGAAUCGGUUAUCUAUGCCACCAAAGGCAUUCGCACCGUCAUGGCCAGGAUCAUCGCCGAUAAGCUCGCUGCCUAUACAAAGCAUGACAAGGAUUACAAUUGCUACGAAUUCGCAGAUGAAGUGUACUGCAACGUUCCCCUAGAGGUUCGAGUCAACCUACCAAAUCGCUGUGUAGAGGAUGGUGAUAAGCCUUGCUUUCCCACGCCUAGUUUCUGGCAUGUUCUUACAGGAAGCGCAGGGCAUGGUAAAGAGCCCUCACCGUUUGGCUAUUUGCGCCCAUGCAAGACCCGCACAGAGGUUGACGCCGUGAUGGACAAGUACAAAGACGACAUCGUGAAAGAGUUCCCUCGAUACGGAAAGGAUUUCAGUCGCGAUGCCCGUGUGAUCAUCAACGGAUACAAGGUCUGUUCUGAUGAGCCCUGA